GCUCUGGGGACGCGCAGCACAGCGAUCAGUGAUGAGCUGUGUCCCUUGGACACAGCAGAUCAACGGAAAGAGCCGAAGAUGUCAGAUCUGUCAUGGCACUGAUGAUCAGUGUGCCCAUAUGAUCAGUGUAGCCCCAGCAGUGCCACCUGUCAGUGUCCAUCAAUGUCAGCUGUCAGUGCUCAUCAAUGCCACCUGCCAGUGCUUAUCAGUGCCACAUCAAUGCCACAUAUCAGUGCCUACCAGUGCACAUCAAUGUCACAUAUCAGUGCCCAUCUGAGCUGCCUUUCAGUGCCACCUAUCAGUGCCAGUCAGUGCCACCUAUCAAUGCCAGUCAGUGCCUCCUAUCAGUGCUGCCAGUCAGUGCCAGUCAGUGCUGCUUAUAAGUGCCAGUCAGUGUCACCUAUCAGUGCACAUCCGUGCCACCUAACAGUG